UAUUUUAAUAUAAACGGAAGCACGGGGGCUUUAUCUGUUAACGAGCCCAUAGACAGAGAGCAGCUUUGUGAGUUAAAGUCUGCCUGUCUUCUGAAUUACGAACUCGUGUUAGAAAACCCUCUAGAGCUUUAUAGGAUGGAAUUUAAAGUCUUGGACAUAAAUGACAACUCCCCCAUCUUUCCUUUAAGUGAAUAUCAUAUAAACGUGCCUGAGUUCCUGUCACCCGGGGCACGGUUUUCACUCCCCAACGCCCAGGAUCUUGAUGAAGGUACCAACAGUGUCCAGAAUUAUACCCUGAGCUCUGAUGAACAUUUCCAUUUGGAAAUGCAGACCCGUGGGGACGGGAGUAAAUAUCCUGAAUUGGUGCUGAAGAAAGCCUUAGACAGGGAGCAGCAAGCCACUCACAAACUUGUCCUUACAGCCAAAGAUGGUGGGAAUCCUCCAAAGUCCGGUGAUAUCCCAGUCAUUGUGACUGUGCUGGAUACCAAUGACAAUGCACCAGAAUUUGAGCACUCGGUCUACAGGGCGAGUAUCUUGGAAAACUCCCCCAGUGGCACUUUGGUAGUGCAAGUGCAUGCCACGGACUUGGAUGAAGGUCCAAAUGGAGAGAUCAGGUAUUCGUUUAGCAAUAGUACUUCUGCUGAUCUACAGGGAAUGUUCGUAAUUCACCCGCACACUGGGGAGGUGACAGUCAGUGGCGUUUUAGCUGUUCAGAGACCUCUCCUUGAGAUGCUUGUUGAAGCAAGGGAUAACGGGGCGUUUGGCAUGUCCAGCACAGCUAAGUUGCUGGUGGAAAUCACUGAUGUGAACAAUCAUGGCCCUGAGAUAACAAUUACAUCCCUUUCCAGUCCCGUUCCUGAAGAUGCUGUUCCUGGCACAGUGAUAGCUCUGCUGAGUAUUAUGGAUAAGGACCCUGGGGAGAAUGGGAAAGUGAACUGCCAGGUCCCUGAUAACCUUCCCUUCCAGUUAAAGCCUUCCCUUGAAAACUACUACAGCCUGGUCACCAGUGGACUCCUGGACCGAGAGCUGAUCAGUGAGUACAACAUCACCAUUACUGCCACAGACUUGGGCUCUCCACCUAUCACCACUCAGAAGAUCCUUUGGGUGCAGAUUUCUGAUGUGAAUGAUAACCCCCCCGUCUUCAGUGCUGACACAUUUGAUGUAUUUGUGGAGGAGAACAAUCCACUUGGUGCUUUUCUCUUUCAAGCCUCAGCAUCUGACCUCGAUAUGGAGGAGAACGGACGGGUUUCUUAUGUGCUCAGGAAUUCCACAGUUGCAGGCAGUGCCCUGGCCAGCUUUUUGUCUGUGAGCUUGGCCAAUGGAAGCAUCUAUGCAACACGUGCCUUUGACUUUGAGCAGCUUAGGAACUUUUCUUUCCAAGUGGAAGCCAAGGAUAAUGGGUCACCAGCCUUGAGCGCUGCCAUAGCUGUGAAUGUUUACAUCUCAGACCAGAAUGACAAUGCCCCAUCCAUCCUGUACCCCAUCAGCCAGAAUGGCUCAGUAGCUGUGGAGGUUGUGCCCCGCCUGGCUGAGGAGGACUACUUGGUGACCAAAGUGGUGGCAGAUGAUGAGGACUAUGCACAGAACGCUUGGCUCUCCUAUCACCUCGCCCAGUCCUCUGACUCCAGCCUGUUCCGCUUGGAACCUCACACUGGUGAGCUGCGCACCACCCGCUCCUUGCGCACCACUGACUUCCUCAAGCACAAGGUGGUUGUGGUGGUGCGGGACCAUGGGGAUCCACCACUCUCAUCUACAGUGACGGUGGGCAUCUUGCUGGCUGACACCCUGCCCCAGGUACUGCCAGACUUCGAUGACAAUGGGGAGCCACCACCACUGCUCAAUGCUACAAACAUCUACUUGAUUGUUUCCCUUGCCUGUGUCUCCUGCAUCUUUGCGGCAUUCCUCCUCUUUCUUGUCAUUGUGCGGCUCUGUCACUGCCGGACUUGCUGCUGCCCAGCUGAUGAGUAUGAGAAGUAUUGCUAUAGUGUUCAUAUGCUUCCCAGCUCCCACCUCCCACUGGACAUGCUGGAGGUCACUGGUGUGGGUAAACUGACCCAUACCUACUUGUACAAGGCAUCUGUAGGUCUUGGGCCAAAUAACAGCGGAAAGCCAAAUGGUGGUGCUGGGAACGUUCCCAGCAGCUCAAAGUUACAAGUACCAGGACCCUGCAUCCAAGUGCAGCAGGUCCAAAGCGAUCAGUUGAGUGCUGUUCUUGUGCCAAAACACCCUAAUCCUGACUGGCGCUACUCCGCAUCCCUAAGGGCAGGAAUGCAAAGUGCUGUACAUAUGGAGGAGGUAGGAGUCCUACGUGGAGGACCAGGAGGACCUGAUCAGCAGUGGCCAACUGUCUCCAGCGCUACUCCAGAACCUGAGGCGGGAGAGGUGUCCCCCCCAGUGGGAGCUGGUGUGAACAGCAACAGCUGGACCUUUAGAUUUGGACCGGGCAAUCCCAAACAAGGUGGUCCUGGUGAGUUGCCAGACAAAUUCAUUAUCCCAGGAUCUCCUGCAAUCAUCUCCAUCCGGCAGGAGCCACCAAACAGCCAAAUUGACAAAAGUGACUUCAUAACCUUUGGCAAGAAGGAAGAGACCAAGAAAAAGAAGAAAAAGAAGAAGGGAAACAAGACUCAGGAGAAAAAAGAAAAGGGCAACAGCACCACUGAGAACAGUGACCAGUGAGGGGUUUAUACUGUAAGAACCCACUUAGCCAGUUUUUGUAAUCAUGGCAGAUUUCUCCUAUGUAGCAACUCCCAACUUCUUCCUACUGUUCACAGAUUUCCUGUAUGUACAGACUUGAGAAAAUCAGCAGGAAAUUCACGGUGUCAGUCUAAAUUGCUUAACAGGUUUUGUCUUAAAAGCUUUAUUAUUAAGUCUGGUGUUAACUCUUUUUCUCCACUCUGGCUUGUUUUCAGAAUCUAAAAAGCAGACACAAGUUUCCUUUCUCCUACGCCGAAAAGGAGACUCUUCACAGUACAGCCAGUGAGAGGUUGGACUCUGCACUGUGGUUCCUGUGCUCCUGUCUUGAUGACACUUACAGGACAGGUUUAAAAGUUUUAAUCUUGUGCACCCUCUAUCACAUUGGAAAUAUUUGUGUGCAGAUGUCAGCUAGGCGAUAUGAGAUCAGAUUAGAAAAUGCAAGAAGAGCUGGUAAAUACGCAACAGAGGAAACACCUCAUGAAUAUAAGUGUUCAAAGAUGUUCAGGCUGGGAAGGAAAUGUCUGAUAGGAAAUGACCAGACUUUUCCAAUUUUGAGAAGUCACUGUGUGGAAAUACUGAGUCCUAUACAUGACGUAUUGUACACACAUCUGCAAACAAACCCUCACAUUUACAGCUCUUUAAAGAUAUCAUAAAUUUUGUCUUUUACCAAGCAAGCCAUCGGGAAAAUUGUUCCUUCAAGCCCUUCAUUCCCCUGGCAAAGCCAGCCCUGCGAGUGCAGGAUGGGCUGGGCUGACAUCCCAGGAAUGUAACUGUGAUGUUCUGUGUCCCUGUUUCCACUCAAACAUUAUUUUGCACAUUAUGUCUCUGAAAAAGGUCAGAGUUUUUCCACGACACUUAUGCAAACGAGAGAAAAAAAGAAAUGUUAACUAUGCUAUUUGUUAUUUAAAAUAUUUAUUUAUAAAGAAAUAUAGCUGUAAAUGUUAAAGAAAUAUGAAGCCCUUUAACCCAAACAGAAGUCAAUCUAGAGCCAUUAUAAAUUACAAUUGCUGCUAUUAAAGUGCUUUAGAAGAAUUGCCUGAAACAUCUAUAUUAUAUCAGCCACUUGCCAAUAACAGCUUUAUUCUGUCGGGUGAAUCGGGGGGCUGCCUCUUGCAUGUAGUAAUAAAUACAAGAAUAUCUUCUUCUCAUUUUUUUUUUCUUGGCAUUAAUCUGCACUUUGAAUCCACCUUUGCAAAUAAACUGUCCUGCUAUGAAGAAGCAGAAGCAAACUUCUCACACACAUGGAUUUACUAACCCGCUAGCUGUGUGCAAUACCUUGAUGUUACCUCCCGCACACCCUGUUCUCAUUUUAGUUUGACUUUUCUAUGAGAUUAUGAAUUCCCAACCCUACUAACACUCCUUAUGUAAAAUUCAAGUACUGUAUGUAUACUGUAUGCUCUUAUAAUAUAAUAUUUAUUCUGUGCUUGUGUAUGUGAAUGUCAAUGCAACUAUUAUUAGAGUGGACUUCAAGCUUUACCGUUGAAUGUAAAUUCAUUCUUUCUUUUUUUGUACACUUGUGGAAAAGUGGAGUAGUGUUAAUUUUUUAAGCCACUGUUGAUUAUGAGUUUUUUGUGUAUGAAACACAAGUAAAAUAUCUUUCUUAAACCAAACCAUGCAUGUAUUUGGGAUUUAUUGGUAAGAAUCUGUGAUGCUAAAGCUCUGUGAAGUACUAAACCUAAGGGUAUAGAUGGAGUAUUGAAUGUGGUUGAGAAUGUUACUAUAAAACCAAUACAUGUAUUUUUAAAUAGGAUACAGCUGACGAGGGAAUUCCAAGGAGUUUUUUACAUUAUUGUACAUUCACAGAAUAAAGCUUAAGUGUUGCAUUAAUUGGAACUGUGUAAGAAACUACGUAGCUCUAAAAUUUCUAACUGGCCCUUUAAUCUAGGAUCAAAGAGAACAACUGGGUUUCUUGAGAUGUGUUUUAAGUUUCCAAACUGCUGACAGUUCAGAAUAGGACAAUUCCUAUUCAUUUUUAAGACCUGCAGCAAGUCUUAAAACAUCACUAAAGGGAAAGCUCUAAUAAAAGAAUUUCUAUCUCAAAGCACGAACCACCAAUGGCCUCAUAUGGUCUGUUCAGAGGCUGCUUUGGCUACCAGGCUUGUUUCACUGGCAAUGAAAAAGGUGCUACUUUUUUUAUGUGAGUACAUUUAGACUUUUUUUUCAUUUGGUGACUGAUCCAACAGUUCCCAAUAUGUUCCUAAGCUGGAGUCACUGUGGUAACUGAAACACACAGAAGGAUGCUGUUGGUUUGUACUCAUAAAGUAGCUCUCCCCAGUGCCCUUGGCAAAAAAUCAGCACAGAGAUUUCAUAGAAUCAAGGAACGGUUUGGGCUGAAAGGGACCUUAAAGCCCAUCCAGUUCCACCCCUACCAUGGGCAGGGACACCUCCCACUGGAUCAGAUUGCUCCAAGCCCCAUGUAACCUGGCCUUGAACACCUCCAGGGAUGGGGCAGCCACCACUGAUCUGGACAACCUUGGCUACUACCUCGCCACCCUCACAGGAAACACAUUUCUUCCUAAGAACUCAGCUAAAUCUCCGCUCUUUCCUUUCCCCUUCUUCUUCCCUCACUGGAUGUGUUUCAAGAACUGCUUCCACAGAAAAAAAACUGUUACACUGUUAAUUGCCUUUCUCCCAGGAGAAAUGGAGGGGAAGCUCCCUUUCUAGAACAGUGCUUAUAGGCACAUCAUACAGUGACUACAAUUUCUAUAGGAGACAUAAUUCAUGUGGGCUGGCCAAAAACUUACAGCUGCCCAUUCUGGAUCUUAACAGUCUCAUGGUUCCAAUAAAUAGCAUUUCCUCCAGGAAACUUCAUUUUAUUAGCUCCCUAAUAAUGACUCCAUGAUUCUCCUGCUUUGUGCCAUCAAAUGCUUUAGUUGAAGCUUUCUAUGUUUCUAAAAUCACUUGUCCUCAAACAGUAAUUGCAUUCUUAAAAUGUAAAGUUAAUUACUGCCUUCCUUCUAUGCAACUGGCCUCACUUGUUUCAGUCCAAGUUACAGCCAAGUUUGUGUCAACAACUAGGUAAAAUAAACCAUGUACAGUCAUCCUUCCUUAUCCUAUUCUCCCCUAGCAGCAGUUUUGUGGCUCUCAUGUAAGACAAGUAUUAAGGAAAGAGCUGAGCCUUUAGCCUGAUUUGAGUCCCAGUGAAUGAGUAGGGUCCGCAGUUUUGAUGUUAUUUAAUUGUUUGGAAACUAGUGGCUGUUCCUUGACACAGAGUUGAUUUUUAACACAUUGCCAGGCUGAGAGCUCCAAACAAUGCAAUAAAUAAAUUGUGUAUGUGAAGAGUUUACUGUGGUGGCUCAUAUAUAUUAAUCCCUAUAUGAUGCUCGCAGAUGCCUGAGUGUCUGGCUUUGCACAGCACUCACACAACUGGAAAUAUCAAGAGUGAAUCGAAUAGCUGUAGCAAAAUAAAUGCUGUACCACAUUUUAAUGUCCUUGUGCAGCUUAAACCAGCCUAGUAGAAAACCAAUAUUGCUAGCUUAUGAAUUAAUUUCCCAUUAGCUCUCAGUACAAGGAUGCUUUACUUUCUACUCUCCGGAGUUCUUUUUCUUCUCUAUGGCCUCCAGCCCUCACUAGAGGAUCCAGUGAUACUGCUCUGCAUUUGCAGAUAAGAGAGUGUGUUUGUAUAUGUGUCUCUGUAUCUCUCUGUGUGUGAAUGCAAGCAUUUAUACAUAUCUAUAACGAUCUGGGACCUGAUUAUGCUGUUAUACAGAAUACUGCAGUACCUACUGUCACAUAUACUUAGUAAAGCCUGUUAUGCAAAUCUAUCUGAUUUUUCAAGCUGAUGCCAUGACAUUACGCA